AUGGCGAAAUGCAAAGAGCAUCCUCUGGAUGUUCCAAUUAUCGAACAGAAGCUCGGUGGCGGUAUCCGAGUCCACGGCCUGUUGAUAUCUCUAUCAGCAGGAGCAACCAUAGUCGCCUGUUGUGCUACGGCAUACCUCAUCUUCAGACACGCGAGCAACUACACGAAACCCAAAGAACAGAAGCAAAUAAUCCGGAUCCUGUUGAUGGUCCCAGUCUACUCCAUCGCAUGCAGCCUGAGUAUCAUCUUUUACAAGAAGCAGGUGUACAUCGGAAGCGUUUACGAGUUCUACGAGUCCUUAGUCAUCACGUCCUUCUUCCUGUUACUCUGCCAGCUGCUGCAUCCCGAUCUGAAUACACUACGCCGGGUCUUCAACUUGGCGGAGCCGAAGAAGUGGCUCAAUCCCACACGGUUCUUUGUCAAACAUGUCGGAAGAAACAAAAAGGGACAAACUGAGGACGGCCUGAAAUGGUUCAACAUUGUUUGGUUCGGUGUCUUCCAGUUCUGUACUGUCAAGUUCUUCGGCGCUCUCACAAAAUGCAUCACGGAAGCGGCGGACGUGUAUUGCAAGGAAUCCAAGGAUCCUAGUCAUGCCAAGAUCUGGGUCAUGGUCAUUGAGAUCUUGUCCCUCGUCACAGCCAUGAUGUGCCUGCUGCAAUUCUACCAUCAAACCUCAAAGGAGAUGGCCCAGCAUCGACCUCUGCUCAAGUUCCUCGCCAUCAAGCUGGUGGUGUUUCUAUUCUACGUUCAGACCGGCAUCUUCGAGUUCCUCACAGGCGACGGUGGUCCAUUGAAACCAACAGCAUACAUCUCGCACCCGUCAUGGGCAGUCGGUUUUCCCAACACACUCCUCUGCUUCGAGAUGGCAGCCGUAUCGAUCCUCCACCUUUAUGCCUACCCCUACUCCAUCUACAAAGACCCAGCCGCACCGCAAAAAAACAGACACAAUACCGGCGACGAAGAUGGGCAGGGCACAGAUCAGAACUCUGCGACGCGAAUCAUCCCUGUAAGAAGCCGAGAAGUCUGGCCUCAGCAGCCUGAGACUGCGUAUGGACGGGCAGGAGCAGAAGAGCAGGAUGCAUGCGGCGUUUGGGAUGGAGCUGACGGCUCUACUCGGCCUAACGCCAAGACCAGCGUCUCUGCGCGGGGCUUCCAAUGGAGAGCGUUGAAGGAUGCCCUCAACUUUGUGGAUAUUGUCCGGGCUGUUGUGACAGCGUCGCGGUGGCUGGUUGUCGAGCGACGGAGGGCUGCUCGGGGUUCUGGAACUGGGGAGGUCCAGAUGCAAAGUGAGAAUGGGGCGCAGUAUAUGGAAAGGGUCAAAACGGAUGAUUUAUCUGAGGCUCUGAAUAUGGUCAACAGUCAUAUGUCUCGCAGAUGA